AUGUUAUUUUUUAUUAUUAAUUUAGUAUUAUUUUUUCAAAAAACAAAUGCAUUUUCUCUUUCAAUGAAAAAUAAUCAUAUAUUUAUUGAAUGUGGUCGAUCGGUAAUUAUUAAAAAUCAUUAUUGGUUUUUAUCGGAAUUGUUAAACUUAUUAAAAACAUUUAAUAGAAAUGAUUCAAUUAAUAAUCAGCAAAUACCAUUUGAUAAUCUCUAUUUAAUAUUUAAUCAUAUAUUAAUUCAUUGUCAACAAGCUUAUCAUUCAUAUCAAUUAAAUAAAAAAAAUCAAAAUAUUGAUCAAUUAUAUCAAUGGUUAACAACACAAAUAAAGAAUUAA